AUGUGCUCCCGCCAGGACAAAGACCAGUGCCACCGGCAAGAACGAUCCUCAUGCCACAGCAGUGAAGGCUGCCCUGGCAGCAGUGGUGGAUCUGGAUGCCAUGGGCGCAGCGAUGGGAGCAGUGGUGGAUCCGGAUGCCACGGGAGCAGCGGUGGGUCCAGUUGCCAUGGGAGCAGUGGUGGAUCCAGUUGCCAUGGGAGCAGUGGUGGAUCCGGGUGCCAUGGGAGCAGUGGUGGAUCUGGAUGCCACGGGAGCAGUGGGGGAUCCUGCCAUGGAAAGCCACAGGAUUGCCAGCAGCAAAUUUAUCAAGUGUCCUCAAAGAUGAAGUGA